UUCAUUGACUUUAGUUGCAAGCACUCUCCAGAGUUAGCAAAUUUACUCACGUAAACUUUCUUUUAUUAGAAAGGUAUUUUGACAUAUAGAGAGAAUCAGAGAAUUAUGAAGCGACAUAACACAUGUAAAGAGAAGCACACAAUAAUACAGAGAAUUAUAAAAGCAACAAACAAACAACACUCCUUUACAACCCUCCACAUAUCAUAAUAGAGAUACAACUCAACAAGGUCCCUCCCUUCCUCUUUGAUUAAAAUAACAAUCAUAGAUAUCAAGACUAUUUUAUGUUGUAUUUAUAAUAUUAUUAUAAGUUAUUUAUAAGACUAAAUGAUUGUCCCUACAAAAGCAUUUUGUAUUUGGAAAAGAUAUGGACAUAGGCACAAUCUAUACACACAAGGACUGGUGGAACUGGAUAAGCUCUUAAAAUAAAUUUGAUUUCUAAAAUAUAUAAUUCAUAUAGUCCCCACUAACUUAAAGUAUCAUCAAAUCUAUAUAUAAACACCAUUUUCAACCACUUCAGGAAAUAAAACAGCACAAGAAAAACCAAAAAAAAAAAGAGAGUAAACAUGUCUUCAGAUCACUUACCUUCUUCAUCUCAAGUCUUCCGAGAACAUUUCAUCUCGAGAAAAUUGCUUCAGCAACUGCCAUUUAGUCACACCAUACAACAGCAACAAGCUCAUGCACCUGAAAAGAACAACUUGAGCGGCAACGUUCUCCUUCUUCUCUCAGUCCUUGUGUGCGGUAUCAUCUGCUCACUUGGGUUGCAUUACGUAAUCCGCUGCGUGUUCAGACGUCACUCGAGCUUCAUGAUCUCUGAACCCAUCUCAAGCCCGUCCACACUAGCAGCAAACAAAGGCAUCAAGAAGAAAGCUCUCAAGAUGUUCCCUGUAGUGAAAUACUCACGUGAGAUGAACCUCUCAGGGCUCGGCGAGGAUUGUGUUAUUUGUUUGUCUGAUUUCGUAGCUGGUGAACGGAUACGGCUGCUUCCUAAGUGCAACCACGGGUUCCACGUUCGUUGUAUCGACAAGUGGCUUACGCAACAUAUCACUUGUCCGAAAUGUAGACACUGUCUGGUUGAGACAUGCCAAAAGAUCUUAGGCGACUGUGAUGAGGCUGGUCAGGUUGCAGCACCAAGGGAAAGCAUCGAUGUCAUAAUUGCUCCUCUAGAACGUGAGGCAAGAGUAAACACUUUUAGAGAAAGCAGAUAGAGUAUAUGUCAAGAAACAAUUAGAUUUCAAGAAUUUGGUUCUUAUUUUUUAGAUUUGAACAUAAUUUAUGUUUCUAGCCAUAAUAUUCAAAAUCAAAUACAAUGAAGCUUUUACUUUUCCUUGAA